CCCUCUUUAUUGCACUCACUCGCAGCAUAUUAACCACCACCUCUUGUGUUCAUACCGUCAAAAUGACCGUCAGUGCUCAGACUGCACACGCCAACGGCAACGGCACCGCCGUCGACGCCGCCAAAUACUCCAAGGAGGUCAACACGGCCCGCGACUACUACAACUCCGAUGACGCCGACACGUUCUACCACCUCUGCUGGGGCGACGGGAACGGCGACCACAUCCAUGUCGGCCUGUACGCAGAGCCCCAAGAGUCGAUUCCUGUCGCGGCGCACCGAACGGUGACGACGAUGGCCUCUGCACUUGGCCUCAACUCGUCCAUGCGGGUCCUCGACGCUGGAGCGGGCUACGGCGGCAGCGCGCGCGAGCUUGCAAAGACGUACGGCUGCCGCGUCACCUGCCUCAACCUGAGCGACGUUGAGAAUGCGAGGAAUGUUCGUCUCUGCCGGGAGCGCGGCCUCGACAAGCUCGUUGAUGUCGUCGACGGCAGCUACGAAGAGAUUCCGUUCGAGGACGACAGCUUCGAUGCCGUCUGGAGCAUGGACGCCUUCCUCCACUCCGGUGAUCGCCUCAAGGCCCUCAAGGAGAUCAAGCGUGUCCUCAAGCCAGGUGGCCAGUUCAUCUUCACGGAUCUGAUGGCAUCGGACAACCCCAACCCAGCCGUCAUGCAGCCAAUCCUCGCGCGGCUGCACCUGACGACGCUCGGCUGCCCAGGCUGGUACAAGUCCGAGCUCGAGAAGCUUGGCGGCAAGGUCCAGUACACGGACCACACCGACAUGCUCACGAACCACUACCGUCGAGUUGGCGAGGUCCUUCAGGAACGAAGGCACCUGAUGAAGGGAAAGAUCAGCGACAAGUACAUCGACACUAUGAGCGCAGGGCUGGACAAGUGGGUCAGCGGAGGACGCAGCGGCGACCUCGCCUGGGGCAUCACCCACUGUCGCUUCUAGUACCUAAGCCCUCAUCUGUAUCUGAAUGUAGCCAGUGCCGUCUCUUGAAAGGACCAUUUCUGAAUGCAG